AUGGAUCUGAACUAUACGACCAUCGAUGCCCGUGGGGACAUGCUUCUCGUGGUCGAGAGGGAUGUGCUGAUUCCACUGGCCGUCACUACCGGUGCUUGCUACACAUUCAUCUUUGUGCUGAUGAACCAUUUAGAUCCCACUCACCGCACAUCCCAGUCCGUUCCAAGCUACUUUCAGGGAAUCGUCGACACCAUCAGCAAAUUCCCUCGCCGGAGCAGUGCCCCCACCACACCAGAACACGAAGUGAUCAGCUCAAACCAUGGACAUCAAGCCGCGCAGUCCGUGCAAACCACAACCUCUAACAGUGACUUUCAGAACCGCCCCGUGCAGGCAAUGAUUCGAGUAUCUUCGGAUCGACUCGGCCAUGCCUCCCCCUACUUCCAGAAGAAACUGAACGACGAGCACACGUUCAGAGAAGUGGAUGCUCUUCCCGCUCGAUUUGAUAACAUCAGUGCUAUUUUCAUCCUGCUCAAUGCCAUUCACGGUCGCGUCCCAAAUGUCCCACGCCACGUUACCCCGGACACAUUGUGCAUGAUUGCUCUCCUGACUGAGCUCUGGGGGUGCCACAAUAAUAUGAUGGCUUUCAGUGAAAUUUGGGUCAUUAACAUGUCCGAGUCAAUUUCUAAGACAUACGACAGUGAUGUGGCUGAGUGGAUUUACAUCGCCUGGGUGUUCCGUCACCGUAGUCUCUUCUGGUAUAUCACUCGUGUCGCCAUUCGAGGAAGUACCGGGGUGAUUCUGAAACAUGGACUGCCGAUUCCUGAUGGGGUGCUGAGUGCCAACGCUGACCUGAGGACACUGACAGAACACAUUGAUAUGGCCCGCCAGAAACACGUCGAUGCCAUCGUCAUCUCGCUCUACCAGCGCAUGGAAUCCAUCCUUGAGGAAGGCGGCUGCUGUCAGGCCUGCGAUACGAUGAUCGUUGGCCAGUUGAUGACAGAGAUGAAGCCAAAAGACCUUUUCCCGCCGCCCCAGGCGCCGUAUGAGGGAUGGAGCAUCGACCGUCUCCUGCGAAUGCUUUCAGCCGUGCCGGAGCCUCAAUGCACGCGCUUGUUUCAUGCGUCCUUGGGGUGUCCCCGGGGCCCCUGUGAAUUGUUUCCGGCGACUCGUACUCUCAUAAAGCUGGUGGAUGUAGAAGCAACCGGCCUGGAUUUCGACUGGGGGUUUGCUUAUGACUGUUUCUACGAUGGGAUUGGAAGGAUGGCCCUGGCGUUGAUAAGAAUGCCUCGGCUGAUCGUCACGUCAGCUGCAACCUGCAACAUCCCCCGUGCAACCAACUCGCAGCAAUCCCUGCAGAAUCCCCGCGCUGUCAUGGCCAAGUUUCUCUUUCGGCUAAUGUGCGUCCAGGAUGAUCCUUUCCCUGGUUCGGCUGAAUGA